AUGUUUGCAUGGUGGGGUAUCGAUAUCGACGAAUGUGACCCGGAUGUUCCUCUUCAUGACUGUGAUGAGAAUGCUUACUGUGUGGACACGGCUCAGAGCUUUUACUGCGUGUGCAACGUUGGAUAUACAGGGAAUGGUUCAUCAUGCGCAGAUGUUGAGCCUCCGGACAUCUCUUGCGCCACUAAUCUGACGGUUUACACGGACUGUCACAAGAGCUUCUCAACAAUCUCACUGCCUGAUGUCCAUUCUGUAUAUGACAACUCUGGAGCAUCGUACACCAUCACCGUCCAAGUAAACGGCUCUCCAUACGAGAUUGGUGACACUGUCACUUUCGAUCUUGAGACGUCUCCACAUUUGAUGCGCUACAAAGCGACCGACCAGUCAUCGAAUAGUGCAACGUGCGACACACUCGUCAUCGUUUCCUCCGUGAACGACGGUGAGUCCUGCCUAGCUACUGGUAGCCCACCCAACUGCAUAUGUUCUUCAAAUCAGCCAAGGGAUUGCAUGUGUUCGUCAGGAUUUUGUGGACAUGAUUGCUCACUGAACGACGUGGGAACUGAAUGUACUGGACCCAACACACCCUUUCGGAAUUGCAAGGACAUCAACGAAUGCUUUUCAGGAUUCACAGGUCCACAGUGCAAUGAACUAAGCGCCACAACAAAUUGUCCAGAAGUUGCAAACGAGUGUCUAAAACAGGGCGUGACCUCCGUGUCAAUCACAUGGACCCAAGUCGCAGCUGUCGAGCCAUCUGGUGAACCAAUCUUUCCUUCUGACAUCACUUGCGUGGAUAUCACCGACGGGGCUAGUGUCACACUCACAGGGGGCGUGUUCGGGAUAGGGACGCACGAAGUUGUCUGCUCUUCGGAUACGCAGACCGGUGUCGUCCCACAGUGUUUGAUCUCCUUUACUGUUUCAACCUAUCCCGUUCUUGGAGUUCCAAAUUUAGGAGACCAGUGCACCGAUCCAGGACAGGAAACAUCCACAGUGACUUGGAGUGUAGUACCAGCCACAGCUGCUGGUGACCUAGUCGUCACCUGCACAGAUUCUGGAGAUGGAAUGGACGUGGGCGCAUCAGGAGGUGUAUUUGGAGUAGGAACUCACGUUAUAACAUGCACUGCCAUCAAUUCAGGUGGAUGUGUCAGAUCGAAAGCAUUUGGAUUCAACGUCAUUGUUGGUAAUCACAUUCCAUUUGGGCUGGAGGUUGGCGAUUCUCUUCUAUCACAAGCAAUGCAAGAGAAGCAGCAGUCCAAGAAGGAUUUGAUAUCUCCAACUAUUUAUCCGCCGAAUUUCUUCCCCUUCUGCGAUGAGCUGUUUGAGAAAAUUUACUUCACUGACAACGGCGUGAUUGUUCUGUCCAAUGAUAAAAGCCUCGAUAAAUUCGCGUUUCCUGGUACCAAAAGUUCAGCGUUUCCUAACGGUCCGAGAAUGAUAACACCAUUCUGGGCGGAUGUCAAAGCAGAUGGUUUUUCCAACAAAAAGAACGUCUUCUGGCAGGUGUAUGACCAGUACGAUCCCAACACCAACCAAGACAUGUUAGAUAUUAUCAAAGCCAUUGUAUCAACUGCCAUGGGAGCUCAGAACUACACGGCAGCAGCAUACUGGGCACUAGUUGUCACUUGGAGUAAUGUUCAGCCAGUUUCAAUCGCAGCUGAUACGAACACAUUCCAGGCCAUACUCCUGACGGAUUCCAUCCAUAGCUAUGUCAUAUUCAACUACGAUCCUUGCAACAUGAAUUGGGACACCGCCUUUCUAGCCAACAAAAACGUCAUCCUGGGCUACACGUGCGGUGUUUCUAGCCAGAGCGUAUACGUGGAUGUCCCCGCGGAUUCGUUGUUCCGUCCAGGAAGCAUCGUCGGGAAUUCAGGGCAGAAAGGCCGCUGGGUGUUCCAACUUGACAGCCUCCCAGAUGACUUCAUCAACCCGCGCUUAUCAUGCCGUAACUGGCACAGUCAUCAGCAACCGUAUCCAGUCUUCGAUGUGUACUAUCCUCCGUUUGCCAACACGUGCCCCUGCAGUUUGAUAAUGGCCUGGUUCGAUUGGAGAUUUCUGAGCAUAUCAUGGUGGCAUCCUUAUUUUGUUCCUAAGGGGGUCGUCUGGGAUUACUUUCAAGACAGAUCCGUCAUUUGCUUCGUGCGACUGUAUCAAGCCCCGGGGACCCCUGGCCCACAAUGCUGCUAUAAGAGAUGGACUGGUGAUCUCCUGCUUGACAUCAGGAAUCCUCGAGUCGCUUCAGUCUUUGAGAGGUUUCCAUUCAGUCCAUUAUUCCACACGCCCGAUGUGUUUCAGAAGUGGUACGAGGAAGAGGUUCUUUCCCGCUACUACUGUUGUGAAAGUUCGACCCUGUGUGACCUGUAUACUGAAACUCGCCCUCUCAUGACUUGCUCUCACUAUCUGCCAACGUUUUGGGGUUGGUUUUGGGGAGAUCCGCACGUGAGAACACUGGAUGGUCUGGACUACACCUUCAAUGGUCUGGGUGAAUACACACUGGUCCUGAUUGAAGACGUAGAAAGAGGCGAACAACUGUUCGAGCUUCAAGGCCGCACGCAGAGAGUGGUUGAUCGCAAAACGGAGCAACUAACUGAUGCUACCGAGUACAGUGGCUUUGCGGCUUUAGACAGUGUCAGCGGUUCCAGGGUUGAAAUAAAACUGAACGAAGACGCCACAGACCUUAUAACGACAGUCAAUGGGGAAGUAGUUGAACCAACAAUGACAGGAUUGAUGUUUGACGACUUAACUGUGAAGAGGGAGGAGGAGCCUUCAAAAGUGGUGGCAUCAUUUGCUUCAGAUAUCCAGUUUUCCGUCGGAGUGAACAACAGUUUUGUUGACAUUACUGUCCAGCUAAGCCAAGAUUACAGAGGAAGAACUAAAGGCCUAUUGGGUGUUUGGGAUGGAAACAAGACUAAUGAUGUCCUGAAGCGUAACGGUACACUUCAACAACCCACCGCUGCUGAUGGGGAGAUGCUUGAACGAGACUACUUUGAUUUCGGCGAAACCUGGCGUGUCUCCGUCAAUGAUUCCCACUUCUACUACUUGCCACCCGAGGAGAGCUGGGACAACAUGAAUGACCUGUCCUUCCAACCGAAAUUCUUGGAGGAUUUACUGAACAGCGUGGAUGCAGAGACACGCCAAAAGGUGGAAGAGGUUUGUGGGGAGAGCAGAGAGUGUCUGUACGACUCGUUGGCACUGAAUGAUACGUCAAUCGGAAUGGCCACACUGGAACUAAAUGAAAAAAACAGUGCAGACCUCGAAUCAGCAACCAAUUACCCGCCCAAAUUGACGCCCAUUGCGAGCAUUAAGGCAACCGUCGGACAGACACUCAUGCUGCAAUUGGAAGCUAUGGAUCCAGAUGGGGACGAGGUUGCAUAUCACCUGCUCGAGGCGGUUGACAGUGCCGUCAUUACAGAAGGAGCUGGCCUUUUCACCUGGACGCCAGUUGACAAGUCAAAGGUCAAGGUCGGUUUCCUAGCAACAGAUGGACGAUCUAAUUCUACAAUUGAGCCAAUAGUGGAUCUUUGUGACUGCCAAAAUGGCGGAACGUGUCUCUCGGAUCAGUAUGCUGACGGUACCAAUCUCAUCCAAGACCGCUUCGGGGUUUUGUUGUGUGAGUGUGAGCCAGGUUGGACCGGAGAGUUCUGUGAGGCAAACUACGACGCUUGCGCAGACAGCCCGUGUUUCCUGGGCGUCGAGUGUGUAGACGAAGACCCGCCAUCUUUGAAUAGCACGUGUGGACCUUGUCCAGAGGGACUUGAAGGCGAUGGAAAAACAUGCACAGAUAUCGAUGAGUGUGAGUUGUACAAAGAUGAGCCAGUCAGCAAUGGCGGGCGUGGAUGUGAUCAGAUCUGUGAGAACACCCUGCUGGGUUUUAAAUGUAGCUGCAACACGGGAUACUAUCUGGACGAGGAUGGGAAGACAUGCUUGGAACUAUCAGUUUCCAGCUGUUUGAAUGGAGGGGAAUUCGAUGAAGACACUCGUGAGUGUAUCUGUCCAUUGAUAUAUUCUGGACCUACCUGCGCAGAUGAGAAUCCUUGUUUCUCUAAUAGCAGUUUAUGUUCAGGGACUGGUCAGCAUUGUUUACCAGAUGAAAACGAAGAGGGCUUCGCAUGUCACUGCCGCGGUUAUGAAGGAUACGUCCAAAGCGACGAUGGGUCAUGUAAAAAAUACCCUUCAAUUGGAGUGGUGAUCAGAGCAUUAUUGAACUUCUCCGAAUCCUACACGAAUCCAACGUCUACCGCGUUCAAAACCACUGCUGCAAUGUUUGAACGGGCGAUCAUGAAUACGCUGGAGGCAAAUCCGACCACAAGUAACGCUGUAUCAGUGCAAGUGACAAAGAUGGAAGCAGGCAGUUUGAUUGUCACGUUUGUGGUAUCAUUCCCUGAGAAUGGAGCGCCCUCUCUAGUCAACCUGGAACAAGUUUUGUCAAGUAGUGCCAGCCUGAUUGAUGGCAGUACAACGAUUCCUAUCGAUCCGGAGUCAGUUCGUGCUCAAGAGGUUCUGACAACCUGCCCUAGUGAUCACUGCCUUAACGGUGGGACAUGUGAACGGCCCAGCUUCUCCCCAUGGUUCAUUUGCAGUUGCUCGGCUGGAUACACCGGGGAGCGAUGCGAGACGCAGCUUGAUCCAAUACCAAGUGAUGAUGGUCUGUCUACCGUCGCUUUAGUGUUUAUCAUCCUAGGCUCUGUGUGUCUUGUCUUCGUCGUGGUAUUUCUGCUUCUGUACAUUGUGGUUCGGAAGAAGAACAAAGUGGACCCCGCCUUCAGCGGCAGCCAGAGCCCGUCGGGAGACGCUGACAGUCUUGACCAUCGUGACGAUCACGCCUUGGUGCCCGUCGAAGAAGGGAUAGGAUUGAGAAGUCUGAGCCCGGAAGCCUCCCUGACACAAAAGACUGGCGAGAAUAUGGACAGUCGUAAGAUAACCGUCGAGGAGGACAUUAAGGAGAUUUAAUUAGAGCCAUACUCGUAAGUAUAUACUUAGAAAUAAACAUCACUUUACACGCAUUAAUUUCUGCUCUGUUUAAUCUUUCCACGUGGACUUUAAUGUCUACCUAUCAUUUAUUGCGCUCAACCUAUCCUUUCAUUUUUACAUUGACUGAAGGCAAUGGAUGCAGCUGGUGUGACAUUCUUUCAUAGAACGUUACCAGAGGUGAACUGUUAUAACGUCUCUUGCUUACAUGUAGUUUUGUACAAGUCCAGAGAUGAUUGCUGCUGGUUUUAUGUCACUCUCAGACUAUAGAUUGUGUUUAAUACGCACCGCUAUUUUUUAAGUAUGUGUUUUCACGCCCAUUUAAAAAAAAUCAUUCAAAUUCAUAAACGGUUAACUUCACUUUGUCUCGAGAAGACAGGAACGUUAAAAUGCUACAAUUACUUUAAUGUUGGUCAUUCCAGUUGACCAAUGGUUAAUCGAAUUUGUCCAUUCGAUGUCGUCAAAUUUCACUGGAAUUCGUCUCACCUGAUGACCAUCUACAUAAUGUAAGGAUUUUAAUUCGUCUUUGUUCAAUCGAUUUAAAGAAAUUAUCGAUCAAAUUGAUCAGUCUAAUGCGCACAGAUGUAUUUGGCCUUGCACAGACGUAUUUGUCAUGGUGUAUUGCGAGACAAGAAAUUGAAGGUUUAACAACCAAUCCAAAGGACAAAAAGAAGAACUGAAUUGACUGUUUCCGAAAGAUGUGAAAAUAUAAACCAUUUUGCUUUUCAUAAGUGCAUUAUUAUAGGCCUACUUAUUUCUUGCAUGAAAUGAAAAGUAUGCAUUUUCAUUUGCCUGUGUACACCUUAUUUCUUUUAGUUGUUGACGCAUAAAAUUGUCAAAGAACUAAAUUGAUACACAAAUAAGUAUUGAAAAAUAUAUAAAAAAAUCGCAUAAUAAUUAUACAUGAAAAAUGCUUAUUUUAGGUCAUAGACCUACGUUAAAUAAGGAGAUGAAUGUACUAAACAGACACAACAUUCACGAGACGAAUUUGAAUGAAAUUUAUAUAACAUUGAUUGCAAAAUGACAACAUUGAUUCAUCUAUCGUUCGGCAAUUGCAGGCGUCGAAAUUUAACUGUCUUUCAGGAAAGAGUAUGGAUAAGGUAUGAAAUUGUCUGAACAAAGUGCGAAAAUGAACGACCGAAAUUAACAUGGGGUAUGCAAUAUCGUGAGUUUUCAAGACGAAAUUGAAGUAAAACGUUUAUGAAUUUGAAUUUAAAAAAAAAGGUUUAAAAUGUGCGGGAAAACAUAUUUUAUAAGAAUAAUUCAAGCAUCUUACAGAGUCUUAAGAAAUUAUCAAACACCUUUGGUUGUAGAAUAAGGUCAACGUAAACAACAAUGCAUUUCGUGAAUCAUUCUUUAAACUAUAAAAUGGGGAAUUUUCUGAAACUUGUAAUUUGUCAAAAAUAACACGUAAACAGAGCAGAAGUGUGUUUUGUCCAGACUGAAAAUUGCUUAAAUAUAUAUAAAUAUGAGGUAUGUUGGUGGAGAAUAAAGGGGUUGAUAUGAAUCCGUCCAUUGAAGAAUUAUUAAUAAUUAUAUAGGUUUUCCGGUAAAUUUCUGAAUUUUUCUAAUCGUUUUCAUUAUCAGCCAUUCAAUUUCGCUUGACUUUUGCACGUGAUAAAAUUGGGGUUUCAUUUUUUAUUUUGGGGGCAUUCAAUUUCAUUUUUAGGCAGCCAAGAUCUUGCGUUUUGGGACAUUCUAUUUCGUUUAGUUGCAUUCAAGACUAACUUUGUAGCAUUCUUACAUUAAGUCUUUGCAACCUUUUGACGGUUGACGCAUUCAAAUUAGCGAACGUCGGUGCGCUCUUAACGUAUUACCAUGAUUUUCGUUUCUUAUUCCUUUAUUGGC